AUGGGGGAAAAUUCAGGUCUUGGUGCUGAUAAUUGGGAGUUUGCUUCUUGUUCUUCCAUGUCGACUGAGGCUAAGACUUUGGUUUUGUUUGGUCGUACUGGGAAUGGGAAGAGUGCAACCGGUAAUAGUAUUCUUGGAAAAAAGGUCUUCAAGUCGAGGACUAGCUCUUCCGGUGUCACCACUUCAUGCGAAAUGAAAACAACUGAGCUGAAUGAUGGACAAAUUGUGAAUGUUAUUGAUACUCCAGGAUUAUUUGAUUUUUCGGUUGGAAUUGAACUACUUGGGAAAGAAAUAGUCAAGUGCAUUGAUUUGGCAAAGGAUGGAAUCCAUGCCUUGAUUGUAGUAUUCUCUGUUAGAACACGAUUUACUGAGGAAGAAGAGAGUGCUCUGCGUAGCGUGCAGAAAUUAUUUGGAAGCAAAAUUGUUGAUUACAUGAUUAUCGUGUUUACCGGAGGAGAUGAAUUGGAAGCAACCAAUGAGACACUGGACCAGUAUUUAGGCCGCGAUUGUCCAGAGCCUUUAAAGGCAAUCCUUUCUUUGUGUGGGAAUCGAUGUGUGCUUUUCGAUAACAAGACUAAGGAUGAAAAGAAGCAAUCUGAACAAGUUCAACAACUUCUCUCUUUUGUGAAUGUGGUAAUUUCACAGAAUGGUGGACGGCCUUAUACAGAUGAGUUGUUUAAAGAACUAAAGAAACGAGAAAUGGAGCUGCAAAAACAACAAAGAGAGGCUGAUGCAUUGAAAGGAUGUACAAAAGAAGAUAUAUUGGAGCAUAAAAAGCAAAGUGAGCAAGCAUAUAAUGACCAGCUGCAUCGCAUAACUGAGAUGGUAGAGUCAAAGUUGAGGGCAGCAACUACGAGGUUGGAGGAACAAUUGGCAAAAGAACAAGCUGCAAGACUAGAAGCAGAAAAGUAUGCACAUGCUGCUCAAAUGAAAUCAGAUGAAGAAAUUCUGAAACUCCGAAGAAAUCUUGAGCGGGCACAUGAAGAACUUCGCCUGCGAGCUCAAGAUACAUCAUUUAAGAAACUCAUAAGACAUUUUGAGCAGGCACAAGAAGAACUUCGCAGGCGAGUUCCAGAAGAUCGUUGUGCCAUUCUCUGAUACUAGUAGCUACUUCAAACUUGCAAUGAGAUCGUUUAG